ACCAGGUGGCGUGCAACCUAACCAAAGUAACUUUUCAAAUCCCGAUAAAGAAGAGUCAACAAUGGCGGAUGACUCAGAUGAAUGUGAAGCGCUACUUGUUUAUAUGAAUCUGUGUUUACAGUCAGUGCUGGAUUCAUAUAAGAGACGACAAGCUGUCCGCGCGAGGAGAAUCGAGGAGACAGACCGACCGCUAGCGGUAGUCAGAAAUGCAAAUCGGAAGCAUGUAUCUGUGUUGCGCCGUGGUCUCCAAAGGAGAAAUGGGAUUGUGCUCAUGGCAAACUUUCAACAGAGAAGAAAGGUUGCGUUAUGGAAGCAUCUGAGGUCCUCGGAAUGGUGGGACAACGUUGCGUGCAACUUCACAGACUCCCAGUGGCAGAGAAGCUUCCGGGUGUCCAGAGCGACGUUCCAGCACCUCUGUGACAGAGUGAGGCCGGCGAUCGAGCGCAGGGACACAGCCCUGCGGCUGUGCGUGCCUCUGCAGAAGAGGGUGGGCAUCGCCCUCUGGAAGCUGGCCACCAGUUCUGACUACCGAACUGUGGGGCAUCUCUUUGGGGUAGGCGUCACCACAGUCUGCAGGUGUCUGCAUGAAUUUUGCCAGGCGGUGAACCAGAUAGUCCUGCCUGAAGCCAUCCCCGAGCCUAACGCGGAGGAGCUGGAGGAAAUGGCGGCUCUCUUCCAGCGGAAAUGGGGAGUGCCGCAGUGCGUGGGGGCCGUCGACAGCUCCCACAUCCCGAUCAUCGCUCCGAAAGACUUCCACCACCAUUACUUAAAUUCCAGACACUGGCAUUCUGUCGUCCUGCAAGCGGCGGUCGAUGCUAACGGGCUAUUUUGGAACGUCUGCGCGGGACUCCCCGGCAGCGUGAGCGAUGCUAACGUGCUAAGGCAGUCCGGCCUGUGGACAUUAGCUAACGACGGCGCCCUGUUCUCCAGCCGCAGACGGAGGCUCUGCGGUGAAGGUGUGGGGUACUACGUUGUGGCCGACUCUGCCUAUCCUCUGCGGAGUUGGGUCAUGAAGCCGUUUGAGGACACAGGCGCCCUGGACGACGGGCAGAAACGCUUCAACUCCAAAAUCGGGCUGGCGAGAUCGGUUGUGGAAAAUGCGUUCGGGAGAUUGAGAGGGAGAUGGCGCUGUCUGAUGAAGAGGAACGACUGCAACGUGGACGUGAUCAGGGCCAUGGUUGUGACGUGUUGUGUGCUUCACAAUCUCUGUGAAAAGAAUGGAGAGUCUUUCACAGAGGAGCCGGACACCCAGGAGAUGCAGCAGCCUGCAGAUGCUCUCUCAUCUGGAGAUGAUUCAGAGGGGACUGCUGUCCGCAAUGCACUUAUGCAGUACCUCAGUACGGAGCAGUAGAGACGGCACCAGUCAAACCAACUUCCUAAGCUACUUUUACCCCUUAUGCGACCUGCACGUUACAUCUCCCUUAACAGACGGAUGUGACCUGCACGUUACAUCUCCCUUAACAGAUGGAUGUGACUUGCAUGUUACAUCUCCCUUAACAGACGGAUGUGACCUGCGUGUUACAUCUCCCUUAACAGACAGAUGCGACCUGCGUGUUACAUCUCCCUUAACAGACGGAUGUGACCUGUGUGUUACAUCUCCCUUAACAGACGGAUGUGACCUGCAUGUUACAUCUCCCUUAACAGACAGAUGCGAUCUGUGUGUUACAUCUCCCUUAACAGACGGAUGCGACCUGCGUGUUACAUCUCCCUUAACAGACGGAUGUGACCUGCGUGUUACAUCUCCCUUAACAGACUGAUGCGAGGCCAGCGUUGUAUUUGAUCAUAAGACUGUUUUUCAAGAUACAUGACCGUUGAAAUGCGUUGUGAUUCCUAGGCCUUUCUUUAGGGCAAAAUUAAGUCAUAUUUUUUCAAUGGUUAGUUGUCAUUUCCUGCACUUGUUGUUUCCCCAGAACUAUAAAGAUGACCGUAUUUGUGGAGCUGGGGUUCUUUUAUAGUUCCCAGGUUCAACAACUGAUGGCAGUAGAGUGCAGUUUAAGGAACUGAAAUUGAGUGUUUUGUAUGAAAUUAAAAGUAUGAAACAAAUAUCUGCAACAUGGGUAGGGGUGAAGUUGGGAACAAAAUAAAAGAAUGUCCAUAUGUGGUGAUUUGUGCUGCUGACUGGCCUUGAGUUCUGAUUUUACAAUUUACUUGAAGACUACACUGGAUGGUGCAGUGGGUUUCCUCCGAGUACUCCGGUUUCCUCCCACAGUCCAAAGACA